GACCCAAGUACUGAUGUUUAGUUCACUUCCAAAGUUGGAGAGAAAAAAUUUUCGUUCACUUCCAAAGUUGAGAGAGAAGCAAACCCUACAGUCGCACAUCUUGAGUUCUUCCUUUUCAAUUCAAGUUCACUUCAUCCGAUUCAAGUUCAGUUCGUCCGAUUCAAGUUUAAUUCGUCCAUACUCAGUUUAUUUGAAUCAACUCAUCUUGAUUUGGGUGACUCUCUUUUCGGAUGGAAACUACACCUUCUGCACUGGAUGUGGAGAUGAUUAUCAACAUUCCUCCGACUAUGCCAAUGACAUCUCAACAGCAAGGUAUUGGCACUCCUCAUCGACGCGUUCCUCCUAAAAAGCAAAAAAGAACAACUCCUCUAGUACUUUCUAAAUCUGGGAAUACUGGUAGAGAGACGUCUGAGAUUUGGGAUCAUUUCUCCAAAUUUAUUGCUAAAGAAGGUAAAUGUAGGGCAAAAUGCAAUUAUUGUCCCAAAACCUUUGCUGCCGAAAGCAUCAAUGGGACUACUAUGUUAUGGACACACAUAAAUGUGAAAUGUCACAAGUCCCCCUUUAGGCUCGUUGAUAAGAGACAAUCCACAUUAAAACCUACCAAAGAAGGCUGGCUAGCAGGUGCUUUGGGUUCUACUGAAAGGGUGGUGUAUAAUGUGGAUGAGAUUAGGAGGGCCAUUGCCGAAUUUGUAAUUAUUGAUGAGCAACCAUUUAGAGAUGUUGAGGGAGAAGGAUUUAAGAAACUAAUGGCUAAAGCUUUACCAAAUUUUGAAUUACCUUCUCGUGUAACUGUUGCUCGACAUUGUUUGAAGAUUUAUCAAGAAGAGAAAGAAAAGCUUAAAGAGCUUAUCAAGAACCAACGUGUAUGUCUUACUAGUGAUACAUGAACAUCACUCCAAAAAUUUCACUUAUAUGGUUGUCACUGCACAUUGGAUUGAUGAUCAAUGGAAUCUACAAAAGAAAAUUCUAAACUUGUUUGAAUAUACAAUGUUAGAUAAAGCUUUAAAAUUUGAAAAAGCUUUUACAAGAAUGUAUUUGGAGGACCAAAAGUACCAAAAAUACUGUCGAGAAAUAAGUACAAUAAGAGGAAAUCCAUCAACAGAUGAUUGGAAGAAUGUGAAAGCUUUUGUCAAGUUUCUUAAUAUUUUCUAUCAAACAACAUUGAAAUUUUCAGGCAGUUUGUAUGCUACUUCCAACUCUUUCUUCCAUGAAUUUUUUAAUCUUCGAAAUGAUAUUAUUAAGUAUACUAAAAGUGAUGAUCUUACUUUGGUUGAUAUGGCAAAAAGGAUGAAAAGUAAGCUUGAGAAAUAUUGGGGUAAAUUUGAGAGUAUGAAUAUGCUACUAAUUAUUGUUGUUGUAUUAGAUCCCAGAUACAAGAUGAAGUAUGUGAACUACAUUCUUUCCAUUGCAUAUGGUACUUUGUUGGGAAGAAUAAAGUCUGAAGAUGUGGCGAGUAUUUUGACUCGCUUAUAUAAUCACUACAAUGAUUCUUUCUCUGAGAAUUCUAAUGACAAUAUUGAAGGUGACAUUGGUAUAACGAGUGAACCUGGUGAUUUGUUGCAAUCUCAAUGGGAGAAAUAUAUGGAAGAGGAGGGAAAUAGUGAAAGAAAAUCCGAUCUUGAGAUAUACUUGAUAGAUGAUGUGGUAAAAAUCAAGGAUUUUAAUAUCUUGAGUUGGUGGAAAGCUUCAUCUAGUAAAUAUCCAAUUGUUUCAAAAAUUGCUAGGGAUGUUCUUUCUAUUCCUAUUUCUAUUGUUGCAUCUGAGUCAGUUUUUAGUACAGGUGGUCAAAUUCUUGAUACUUAUCGGAGUUCUUUAUCGCAAAAAACGGUAGAAGCUCUUAUUUGUACUCAACAAUGGAUACGAUUACCUUCUAAAGAAUGCAAGUUUGAAGACCUUUUGGAGGAAGUCCAGAAACUUGAGGAAAUUGAAGAAGAAUAUCCAGACUCACCUUUGAGGAUUGAUUAGCCAGCUCUGUUCCUGAUGUUACAGUUCAUGAUGGAAUAGAUUGUUUGUUAUUAAUAGCUACUAGUUGUACACAGUCUUUUAAUUAACCAAGACUUCUUAAGUUUACUUGAGACAGUUGUGAAUUGUAAUAGUCUAGAUGAUCUUAGAGUAUUACUCCAUCAACUCUAAUGUAGUUAUA